UCAAGAAGUUGAAGCAACAAUGAGUCUCUCCACUAAGGACAAGGCAAUUGUCAAGGCCUUUUUUGGCAAGGUUGCCGGCAGGGCCGAGGAUGUUGGCAACGAGGCACUUUCCAGGACGCUGGUGGUGUACCCCCAGACCAAGACCUAUUUCUCCCACUGGAAGGACCUGAGCCUCGGCUCUGCCCCGGUCAGGAAGCACGGUGGGACCGUCAUGGGAGGCGUCCUGGAUGCCAUUGAGAAAAUUGACGACCUUAGUGCUGGUCUUCUCACCCUCAGCGAGCUGCACGCCUUCUUGUUGAGAGUGGAUCCUGCCAACUUCAAGAUCUUCAACCACAACAUGCUGGUGACCCUGGCCAUGAUGUUCCCGGAUGACUUCACCCCUGAGGUGCACGUGGCUACGGACAAGUUUCUGGCCCAGCUGGCCCUGGCUCUGUCUGAGAAGUACCGUUAAGCAAGGAGCUAGAUUUCCACUUGACAAUCUUUGUA